GGCAACGGCAGUCGCGCCCACGACCAGCUGCCGGACAUGUCGCGCUGCGUCGACGGCCUGCGCCGCUGCAACAAGGUAAAUCCCGAGGAGCCGCCCAUCCCUCCGGACCCUGAACUCUGGCAGCGGAGGGACGAGUUUUUCGGCUGUGAGGACCAAGCUGUCGCAGCACCUCCGACGGUGCCGACACAGCCCCAGGUGCAGAGCAGGCAGAAACAGGACCAGCAACAGAGCAAGAAGCAGGAGAAGCAAAAGCGCAAACAAGAGCAGCAGCAGCAGAAAGCUAAGGAAGAACAGCAGCAGCAGCAGCAGGAAGAGCAGCCGGUGGUGGAGAGACGCAAGUCCGGCGGGCGAGCCAAGCGGGUGCGCAGCUACCUGAAGAAGUGCCGGCGGGCCGCCUCCGGAGGCUCGUCGUCGUCACAGGGCGCGGAGGAGCCGGCCAGGACCUCCUCCUGGUACGUGGAGCACUACCACGUCGCGGAGCAGAGCCAGGAGCACGUGUGCGAGGAACACGUCUGCGAACUGCCACUCGACAGGGUCGAAGUGCUGCGGGCACGCGACCUCUACGAUGACUCCGCCGACGCGUCCGACGGCGCCGCGUCCGCCGAAGACGGGGAGCUGGCGGCGCCCGACGCCGCCCGGGAGGUGGCGCCGCGGGACGACGCGGAGGUGGUGCGCGGCGAGCGGCGGGCGUCGUCCGGCGGCGGCGGGAGCCGGCCGGCCGAGGAGGGCCGCCCGCCCGACAGCGUCGAGCUGAGGCCGGGCCGGGGCGGGCCCGGAGACGUGCUGGACUCCAGGAACGAGGGCGGCACGGGACGCGGCGCGGCCGCCGCCGAGGAAAUUCCCGAGGAUCGGACGAGUGCAGGAGGCAGGUGCACUGCGGACAAGUCGGUGAGCGCGAAUCUGGACGCAGAAAGUGCCGGAACGGAGGACGGCGACAGGUGCGAGCAGAGCGCGGCCGCGUGCGACGGCGACGCUGGAGGGAUAUUCCUCGCCUCGAGCAGACCCGGACCCGUGUCGCGCCCGCCAGUGAGUGAUGACGGUAUGCAGUGGUGUUGUCCCGCACGCGACCCGCCGGCGCCUCCGUCGUGGAUGCCUUACAGGCCGACGGAUGCCUUACAGGUCCGUGAGGCGGAAGAAAGCGGCGCCUCAGUAUGCGGGGCACGCGACGCGACGACGUCGUGGAUUGAGCCGUCUCGCCUCGGUCCGGCUGUCUCCACGGAGACGCGCCGCGCCGGCCCGCGGGGGUCCUAA